GUAAUAUGCUUAGUCACAGUGAUUAGCGGCAGACUCCGGGAGGCGACGGGUGUCACGGGCUGCAAGGGGUUUAGUUACUCUUUGGACAGUGUUGGGGAAGGGUACAACUCCUCUCACCCACCGAAACAUAAAUCUCAGGAAAAGUGUGCCAAGAUGAUUACUGAGGUUCUGCUCUUGGUGUUUCUAGCUGCCUUAGUGAUAUAUUAUUGGCAGAACAGUUCAGAUCAGAAGCUGCCUCCAGGACCCUUUUGUUUACCCAUCAUUGGCAGUAUAAAGCAAGUCAUGGUAGCAGACGAUGCCCGUGAACUACAUAGAAAAUUUGGUGACGUCUUCAGAAUAAAGAUGGCAAGUAUAACAAUUACUUUCAUCUGCAACUUCAAGCUUGCAAAGGAAGCAUUCUUGAAGACGGAAUGUAGUGACCGUCCUCACUAUAAAAGCUUUCAUUACCUCUCUGACGGUAGAGAAGCAGGUGUGAUAUUUUCAAAUGGACAACGCUGGCAGAAUGUGCGUAGAUUCUUGUUGCGUAACUUGAGAGAUCUUGGAAUGGGCAAGUCUUACUUGGAUAGUGCCAUACAGGAGGAGGCAGUGAUGCUGGUCAAUGAUUUUAAAAAGUAUGACGGCAAAGAAACUCCAAUUCCUCAGUCUGUUAACAUUGCAGCUCUCAAUGUCAUCUGGCAACUUGUGGCAGGUUGUCGCUAUGAUCUGAAUGACGAGGAGAUUCAUACCUUUAUCAAGCUCAUAAAAAGCUUGCAAGAAGACACCACUGCUUUUAUGUUGCCAGAGUGCUUUCCUAUACUAAAUUAUCUGCCUGGUUUUCUCACAAGAAAACUCCUUAGAACUGAUUUGAUAGAAGAGAUUAAAAGGAAAGCCUUUCAAUUGACGGGGAAAACUAUUGAAUCUCACAAGGCUAAAUUGGACCCCAACAACCCUCGUGACCUCAUUGAUGAAUACCUUCUUGAGAUGAGUAAGAAGAGUGAUAUCGCGGCCUUUUUCAGCGAAGAGGACCUGACAAGAAAUAUAUUCGAUUUGUUUUCUGCGGGAUUUGAUACCAGUUCCAGCAUGCUGCGAUGGAUAUGUUUGUAUAUGGCUGCCUACCCUGAGGUCCAGCAACGUGUGCAGAGAGAGAUCGAUAAUGCAGUUCCCAGAGACAAAUUGCCUUCACACAAUGAAAAAUCACAACUCCAGUACUUGGAGGCUGUGAUUCAUGAAGUUCUUCGGAUAUCAUCUUUGAUCCCAUUUAGUGUGGGCCAUUAUGUCACAAAGGACAUAGAGAUUGGAGGUUACCUGUUACCAAAGGGCACGACUUUCCUGGGGUGUUCUGUGAUAUGCCAUGAGGAUCCCAACUACUGGCAAGACCCUAAACAGUUCAAUCCUGACCGCUUCCUGGAUAACGAUGGAAAGUUUGUUUCCCAGAAAGAGGGUUUCUUCCCAUUUGGAAUAGGUCGGCGGCAGUGCCUGGGGGAGGCCUUGGCCCGGAUGGAGAUGUUCAUCUUCUCGGCAGCACUGCUCCAGAACUUCACCUUUUCUCCACUUCCCAACAAGCAAAUCGACUUGCAACCCGAUUCUAUUCCAUUUAUACAGUUUGCAAAAGAUCAAGAUAUUGUCAUUGCCAUCAGAAAGUAGGCAAGGCAAUGAGUCACAAUAACGUGGCUGAAUAUUACACACCUGACCUAACCUAACCUCAUCUAGCCUAACCUGCAAAUCUGAAAAUGAAAAAUUGACGGCGUUUCGGUCCGUCUCUGACUAUUAUCCAGCCGUGUAACGUGUUAAUGGUCAUCAAUUCAUUUUUUUUUAAUAAUUUGUGGGUUGGGUGUCUAGCAGUGAUCGUGGAGAAAAUGCUAAGAUAAAUGUAUUUGCUUGAGGCGAGUGAAUUAUAGGUACUGUACUGUGUAUAUGUUGCGAUUAUUUUAACUGUAUUGUCAUACACUGCCAGUUGGCUCACGCCGGCCUGCACAUAGCCCACUUUUGUGUUCCAAGUAUAUUUUAAAAUUAUAUUACCGAUAUCUUAUAUUUUGAGUUAUCAUUAUGAACAUGAUUUAACAUUAUAAUGUGUACUUCCAUACCUGAAGGAAAGGUAUGGAAGUGCAGUGGUGGUCCAGUCAGUUUGCUCUGUUGUAAGAAAAUCUACUUUCUACAGCCUCGUUGUGAACGCUUAAUGAAAGUCGAAUUACUUUCAUAUUUUAUAUAUAAGCACGAUAUCAAACACGUCCUGCUGGGACAAAGAUUAAAUCCGGUAUGAAAAGUCGGACUUCUUCACUGGGUACUGGCCACUGUACUUGGCCACACAUUAAUAACACACAACAAUAAUAUAUAUGCCACGUUCCUUGGUAUGUGUCAUAUAUCUCAAUCUUUCAAAAAAUCUUUCAAAAGCAAAAAUUGUUCGUAUGCAAGAAAAACCAAUUGUAUCUUUUUUUCUGGAAAGCAUAUUUAAAUUCCUUUAUGUAAAUAAAUAUGGAAGUAAAACUUCCAUAUUUAUUGUUAAAUUGUCUCGAUUUGAUUAAAUUUAUAAUUAUACAUUAAUUAUAUACCAUUACUACAAUUAUAUACGAUUAAUUCUAUACAAUUUUAUAUGGUUGAUUGUGAUCAGCCAUAUAAAAAAAUUUUUUAUUGUACCGGACUAUUUUGUGGAAUUGUAUAGUAUACCAUAAAGUUAACAAAUUAUGUAAAUAAAGAUUACAAUG